AUGAUAAUUGACUUUGGCGUUUCGUGUAAAGGUUACAUUGGUGCUGAUUAUCCAGCCAUAUUACCGAUUCACUCUCUCCCACCUGCCGAGCUCGCUCUCCAAGAGACCGUGCACUUCCCGCUUGCGGGGCCCGGCGCUGACGAGGACUGGGCAACAAUCGUUAACAAUCCAGAAGGAUUUGGUUGGGUGCGGCUGGGCCCCGAUGACCGACUGUUUGCCCUUGUCAUGUUCCAUCAACUUCACUGUCUCCGCCAAAUGCAGCGUGCCAUCGCCGACAGAAACCAUCCCUUGGCGAAUCCGCACCACAUUCGCCACUGCAUAAAUUAUCUUCGACAGUCAUUCCUGUGCAAGGCUGACUUUUCCCUAGAAAGUGGUGACUUUAUGGCACGUAACUACUCGGAGGGACAGAUGGGAGAUACAAUGGCAUGCGAGGACUGGAGUGUUCUGUAUGAUUACCUCGAGUCGAACUACGAAGACUGGAAGAGG